CAAGUAUAAGGGGGUUGAACCGAGGACGUGCGGUUUCUUGGAAAAGUGGCAACUGCGUGAGGAAGGCAAGUCUCGUGCUGGUCCUCAGCCUCUCUGGACUUUAUUCAGCCACCGAGUCUGUCGCGGAACAAAUCCGGAUUCUAACCUGCUUUCAACUUCCUAACCAUGAGGACAAACGUAUGGAUUUACCAAGCUGUGGUGUGUGUUGUGGUCACUAUAUUAAAUACAGGAUGUUGUAGGGCUCAUCACUCGUUACAGAAGUAUGAAAAGAGUGAAAGUCGCAUGCUGGUUUGCACAGACUGCCCUCAGCCUCCUUUGGUAAGGAAAAGCCGAUCCCAGGAACACUGCGCCCGCAAGUGCAAGAAGGUCAAGAAAAGCUUCAACUGCAGGGCUUUCAACUUUCAUCGGCACAACAGGAAAUGCCACUUGCUUCCUUUUGACCGCUUCACCCACGGUGUGCAAAAGCAGGCCAGCGUCAACUUUACCUUGUAUGAAAAAAAAGAUUAUAUAAGGGAGUGUAUCGUCGGCACCAAGGACAACUACAGAGGGAGGAGGUCUUGGACGAAGUCAAACAUCACUUGCCAAGCUUGGUCCGAUAAUAACAUCAAUGAACACACGUUUUAUCCUGAUAGGUACCCAACGCAAGACCUGAGGGAGAACUUCUGUCGGAAUCCCAACAACGAUCCUGGUGGUCCGUGGUGCUACACCACAGACCCCAAUGUACGAGCCGAGGAGUGUGGCAUACCACAGUGUUCAGAGGAAGUGUGUAUGACGUGUAAUGGGGAAGAUUACCGGGGCAAACUUGACCAUACGGAGAGUGGCAAGGAGUGCCAGAGGUGGGACUCAACCAGGCCUAACAAACACCACUUCCAGCCCAAAAAGUAUCGUCACAAAGAUUUAAGGGACAACUACUGUCGUAACCCAGAUAAUCGUCUUCGUCCCUGGUGCUACACCAUGGACCCCACAACUCUGUGGGAGUAUUGCAACAUCACCGUGUGUGAUUCUGACUCGUGUGAGGACGCAGAUGUCAAUGUAACAACAUCCUGUUUCCAGGGAAAGGGCACGGAUUACCGAGGCACAAUGAAUGUCACUCCAGAGGGUGUGACAUGUCAGCGAUGGCACUCCCAGUUGCCCCAUAAUCACUCCUUUCUUCAUCACAACUUCAAAUGGAAUUUGUGUAUGUGUUAUAGAGACCUUAGAGAGAACUACUGCCGUAACCCUGAUGGUGCAGAUUACCCAUGGUGCUUCACUACAGACCCUAAUCAAAGGAUAGCCAACUGCACCCACAUCCCCAGGUGUGAUGCUGAGGCCACACAAAAAAUAGAGUGUUUUGAAGAAAACGGAGAGACAUAUCGGGGCACUUUAUCCGUAACUCGAUCCGGUAUUCCCUGUGCAGACUGGUCACAUCACAUUAACAGUGGGGAUUCUCACUCUACAGAAUCCCAUGUAGGGCUGGAGAAGAACUACUGCCGGAACCCCGACCGGGACAAACAUGGCCCCUGGUGUUACACCAAUCCAAAUAACCGUUUGGCCUGGGACUACUGCAAACUAAAGCGCUGUGAAUCAGCUACAGCGGCUCCUCAACCGAACACUUUAACUGGGCCCAAGAUAUCAUGCUUUGUGCAUAUAAACACCAGAAUUGUAGGAGGACACCAAGUGCGAGGUACAGAUGGCAGCUGGGUUGUCAGCAUCCAAAGAGAGAAGGUUCAUUUGUGCGGGGGCUCCUUGAUCAGAGAGGAUUGGAUUUUGACAGACCAACAGUGCUUCACCUCCUGUGUUCCAGAUCUGAAGGAUUACAGUGUGCAGGUUGGUCUGCGCCACCUCAAUGAAUCCUCAAGCCACCCGAGACUACGCAUCUCUCGCCUGAUCUGUGGCCCGGAAGGAUCCAACCUGGUUAUGCUGAAACUAGAAGAUCCCGCCCCUGUGUCUGAAGGUGCCUCCACUAUUCAUCUUCCAGUAAAAGAGUGUCACAUCCCCGAGGGCACCAACUGCACCAUGUAUGGAUGGGGGGAAACCAAAACCACCGGAUACGAUGAGGCGCUGAACGCUUUGACCAUGCCCAUGGUCACCAACGACAUGUGCUCACAAAUCAAAGGGGACGCCGGGGAAAGCAGAAUAUGUGCCGGUGGCAAGAGAGGAGAGGGUGUGUGUGAUAAAGACAACGGCGGUCCAUUGGUUUGCCAGGAGCAUGAGCGCAAAGUCAUCAUCGGCGUGAGCAUCCAAAGGACAAAAUGUGCCUCGUCACAGCCUGCGCUUUUUGUUAACGUUGCCUUCUACUCUGAGUGGAUAUACAAGGUGUUCAAACUUUACCCCAGUUUGGAGAGGAAAUGAUGGCGCGGUGUGAAAAUCAACCCACGUGCACACGACUUCACCGCAGCCUGUGAGAGGAGGGGCGGCUUUGGGGCCAACAAAUUCAAAGGUGUCUCCAGCAUGGACCACGGGGGGAGAAAUGAGGAGGAACACCUUAUAGAAAGUGCUCAUUUCGGGAUUUAAUGGCUGAAUUUGUCGUUUUACGGAGAUGACAGAUUAGUGAGUGAAGACCGGAUGAAGGAAAUGGAAUCUCAUCCAUUCUUCCACUUCCAAGACAUCCCGGUUGUUAGCAUUAAUAUCCUUUUUUACAACCAAAGCCUCGAGCACAUGGACGACAUACUAAUUGUACUUUAACAUAAUCCGAUUUUCUGAAGCGACCCAAACAAAGACAAUGAGAAUGACACGCGUGAUUUAAUAUGAUCUACCUGGAAUUUACUUGAAUAUGGACAGAAGACAGUUAUCUGGAGGUUACCGCACGAAGUACCCUACUGUGACUGGGACUUCCUGUUUUCUUCUGUGUUAAGCUGGACUGCAAACUAAGUCUUAAUACUUCCAACACAAAUGAGUGGUGGAUGAAUUGUUAUGUCCCUAAUCUGGUCAUACAUUUUAGCAUACUCUACAGAUAUCACAGAAAAAAAUAAUAUUUGGUUUCUGAAAUGAUCCAACAAAAUAAUAUGGUAAUACCAAAAGGGAGAACAAAUAUAAGCAUGAAAAUAAUAUUAUCAGUUCGGUAGUACAGACGGUAACAGUCCCAAAAAAAAAAAAAAAGCCUCUAUAAGUCCAGCAAAGGUUAAUGUUUGGCUUGAGGUAUACCAGUAGUUGCGUAUGUAAAAUACACUAUUGCUGCUUGAAAAGCUUACUGCAGCAGCCUUGGCAAACCCAUGCAGCGCUAAUUGUGUGCAGUAGCUGGACUACCUUUUCCCCAGUUAGCUGUAACUGUUACGAUUCCCUGUGAGAGGGUCGAUGAAGGACUGAGCGAACUGCUCCAAAAUCUUGUGCUGAUAUUUGUAGCAUGAGAGAGCGAAGAGCCGUGCCAAAUAAAACAUGGCUAUUUGGUCUCCGGUUUGGAGGGAACUUUGGCCCCUGGUGGGCUGUGUGUGUGGUCAGUAGGAUGUUUUAUAUUUUGUUGUUGUUGUACAUAGCCGCAGAUUUACUGUUUCUGCUGUGCUGUAAGAUAUUAUAGGUCUUAUAGAUCUGGAAUAUGUUUGGUUCACUGAGUAAUGUCAGAUUGGCUUCUUCUUGCCUUUUGAUUGUGUUUGAUAUUUAAAGAGACUGGUAGCUUGUAAGUAGUAUUUAGGUAUAUUUAUUUUUCUAAGCAGAAGUCAUCUUUUGAAAGGAAUCCAGAUGUUGGUGUGAUAUUGAGAUAUUAGUUUCUUUGUUCUGAGAGUAAUCAUGACUCCCCAGACUAACGGGUGCAUUAUUGACUCGCCGGUAAAAGCCACACAAACAUGAAAUGACUUGCUAGGUUACAUUGUGUGCUUCAUUUGGUUGAACAUUUUAAUUCAUUGGUGCUUGUUGGCUAAAUUUGUAUUGUUCUGCCCAGAGUUUAACAUGCAUUUACUGUGCAUUAUAUACACAAUGCGCACUGCGUAUCGCACAAUGUUGUACUUCCACGUUAAAUGCACAGAUGAAUAUAGGCAUUAGAUAGAAGAUGAAGACAUUGAAAUGCAAGUUUUAUACAAAACAAAACAAAAACGAUAAAAAAAAGAUCUUACGUGAAGUUUCUUGCAAUUAGCAUCAUCAAAAUAAAGCCGAUUUAAGUGAAUCAAUGCAGGUGAUAGCAGAGGAGUACAUUAUAACUGAAUAUUAAUAUGUGGGAUGUUUAGUUAGUUAGACUAAAAAAAAAAGAAUGUCUUUCUUUCAAAUUUCUCCAUCAGUGACCAUUUCUGAUUGGCCUGUCGUCCUUUAUUCCCUUUAAUUAAACCAGAACGACCCUAUGACUGCCAGCUCAGUUAGUAUUAAAAGCAGUGUAUUUUACUCACAUUUGUGUGGCUCCUACUGAAAAGAACAAUGUAUACUAUUGUCAGCUCUGAGAUGAAUGUUCUGAAUAUCACAUGAAAAACGUUACAUAGCAAUAAAGGAACAAAUAUUAAUAUUGGGGGCUUUCCCAUCAGCCUUUUGAGUCAUUUUGCCGUUGUUGGUUUCAAAGACCAUAACUGUACACAAUAACUCUGGCCUUAAUCAUCUUGCACAGGUUGAAACCAAGGGGCAAGCCUCUCAAAUACCAGUUUAAACGAAGACUGUUUCAUUUAAAGGCAACGGACUAAGAUGAGUGAAACCAAAUCUAUAUUCUUGGUCAAUGUGGCGGAUCUUAUAGUUGUAUUGUAAAUUGAUUGUCAGGCAUUGUAACUGUUAUUUAAUUUACCUUCAUGUAAAUAGCCCAGUGCAUUCUGUAAAUUACACUUUGUAAUUUUUGUAAAUGAUAUACUUAACUAUUUUUACUUCAUGAUCAUUCUGUUUAUAUGUUUGUAUACUGUAAACUUUAAAUAUAACAGCUGCUAUUUUGUGUUAGUGAGUUGUUUUAUAUAUCGAUGACCGUUUCUGAAUUUUCUAGCCUUUGUAUUAUUACUAUUUUAAUA